AUGAUCAUUGAUAUAUUAAUCAAUAUAUAUAGAAAUACAGCGAAAAUGAUCGGAAACAGAUGUUUAUAUAAUAUUUAUAGAUCUUCAUCAACUUCUACUUCAAGAGUUGCUCUGAAUAAUAACAAUAAUAAUAAUAAUAAUAAUAAUAAUGGUAGUGGAAUAAAUAGUAGAUUCAAUAAUAAUCACAGUACAAAUACAACAUCGUUGGUUGGACAAGCAUCAUCAUCAUCUUUGAUUUUAAACAAUGACUAUUCAACUCUCAGUCAAAAGCAAUUCCAAAAGAUCAAGGAGAAGCGUGAUGCUCAAGCAAAGUUGUUAAAGGAGGAAGCAGAGAGAAAGUUCACAGAGGCCAACAAGGUCUCGAUUGACCCACUCAGCUUCGAGGAGGCACUCCAAAACCUCAAGGACAAGCUGCAAAAGUACAAGGUUGUGCUCGCCGCUCACACUGCGACACUCUUCAUGAAGCGUUCCGGCAACGUUGCUGCCGUCGUGCCAUUCCUCUCGGAGAUGUCGAGCCAACCAGAGGAAGAGUCACAGUCGCCGCUCAACAUCGGUGAGUAUAUGCUCAAGACGGUGUUGCGUGAAGCGAUCAUCAACAAUACGGUCGGUGCCACUCUGGAGACACUCGACGGCUAUGUAUUCCUACCGGAAGACAAGGUCGGUGUAUCGACCGUGCAUGCCGCCAUCAUUGCAUCGGGAGACAAUCAACACCGUCUUCUCCCAAGAAUCAACGAAUCCAAGGUUGCUACACUCGAAGACGCCGCCAAACAAUUCGGUGCACAAUAUCAACUUGCCACUCCAGAGAAUCAACAACAACUUCAACAAAACAUAGAGAAAUACUUUAACCAAUCGAUACCAGAGACAUUCAAACAAGCAUUAACAACAUCAUCAUCAACAUCAUCACAACAACAACAAACACAAGAAAUGACUGAAGCUGCAUAA